GAGUUCUACGAGUCCGUCGGUGGCGCCCGGUGCGACACCCCUGGAUCCGGCGCGACCUCGGCCAGGAAAAUGUGCCGCGGAGUUUCUGGAGCCCCCCUGCGAGAUGUUCAACAUGAUCAGGUAUGGGAUGUCCAACUGGCGCGACAAGGAGGUCCGGCAAGGCCAGGUCGAUCUGGAGACCUCCUUCACAAAAGACGACAAGAAGGAAGCCUUGGUAGGGAGCUUCGGAGGACGAGUUUAUCUGGUUUACCGGGAAAGACCCGAGCGCAUGCGCGAUUCAGUGGUUUGGUUCGAAGUGCUGGACUUGCUGGCAGAAAUUACUGCGCAGGUGCAGCUCGACGUGGAGUUCGUCAUACACACCUCUGACGUGCCAAUGGUGGAGAAAAGUGCCGACAAAGUUUGCGGCCACAAGGAUCGUUUCGUCUUCUCAGUCUCCAGCGGGCCUUUGUUCUGUGACGUGGCACUGGGUCCUGGUGUGCGAGGAACCAGCUUACUGC